GUGGUUUUAAAAAGGAAAGUAACAGCGUGAAACAAGUUAGACGUAGUUUUUACAGCGCUGUUAAUUUUACUCGGCAUUUGUUUUGCGUAUAAUCGUGUGACAGUUCCAUUUCCAGACAGCUGUUUUAAGUGGACGCUUUUUUUUUUUUUUUUUUUUUUAUCAAGAUCGGAAAGGCUAAGUUUGUGUUAGCACAGGGUCGCCACAUAACGGGAAAGCUAGUAGGUAGCCAUUCCCAGCUGUGCAAAUACGAUGUUAGGCCAAGAGGAGUCAUAAACUCGCUUGAAUUACUUUCUACACGCAUACCAGCUGGUGCAUCUGUAAACCUGCUUUUUUGCAUCACGGAUAUCUUAAUUUGCGAGUGUUGCUGCUGUUUGCUAACUAUGAACCAACCAGAUCCGCAUUGUUUUUCCCUAGACGUGUUGAAGUGGCUAAAAGAAGGACAGACUAUAAGAUGGGGCUCUCGAUAAGGCUGUUUUGUCGCUUUUUCCACAGAUCCUGUCAAGUUGAAGGACUGACAGCCGCCGAAUAGACUGUCAAAACCGAGGACAGAGGCAGCAUGAAGGCACUGGGGUCCAGGUUUUCGUUUUACGCUGGGUUUGUAGUGGGGACUUUCACCUUGUACGUGUUCCUACGGCAGCUGUGGUACGAAAGGACUGCCACGGCUAGUUUCAGUAAUUAUGACAAAAUACACGAUUAUCAACUCCAACUGGAGCAAGAUAGGAAAGUAUGGAAGAAAGACAGAUCAGCGCUGUUCAACCUGGAACACCCACACCACCAAGGUGAGGACAGUCGAAUGGCAGAUGAACUCUAUAAGAAAGUUCGUAUCUUGUGCUGGGUCAUGACUGGACCCAAUAACCUGGAGAAGAAAGCUCGCCAUGUAACCACCUGGAGCCGCCACUGUAAUGUUGUAAUCUUCAUGAGCUCCGUCGAUGACCCAGAUUUCCCUACUGUUGGUCUCGCCACCAAAGAGGGACGUGACCAGCUUUACUGGAAAACCAUUCGUGCUUUUCAUUAUGUCUAUGAACACCACGUACAUGAAGCCGAUUGGUUUCUAAAGGCAGACGAUGAUACUUACGUCAUUGUUGAUAACUUGAGAUGGGUUCUGGCCAAUCAUACUCCAGAAGAACCCAUAUAUUUUGGUAGGAGGUUUAAACCUUACACCAAACAGGGGUAUAUGAGUGGAGGAGCGGGUUAUGUUCUGAGCAAAGAGGCACUGAAAAGAUUUGUGGAGGGGUUUAAGAGUAAAACGUGCACUCAUACUACCUCGGUGGAGGACUUGGCCAUGGGGCAGUGCAUGGAGAAGGUGGGUGUGAUCGCAGGGGACUCCAGAGACACAGCACUGAGGGAAACGUUUCAUCCAUUUGUGCCCGAACAACACCUCACCACCAAGUUCCCCAAGAGCUUCUGGUACUGGAGCUACUGCUACUACCCCAUCUCAGAGGGUCCAAACUGCUGCUCGGACAUUUCGGUCUCCUUCCACUAUGUUGAUCCGUCUCUCAUGUAUUUAAUGGAGUAUUACACCUACCACCUCCGUGCCUUUGGUUAUAAGUACCGCUACCAUCCCCCUGUCCCAUCCGGGUACAAGGGGGUCCUGGAAGCCCCCCCUGCUCCUGCUUUGGACCAACGAGACCAUGUCCAAAACCAAGUCCAAGACCCUGCCCAGGAUCAAAAACCAGUCGAGGCGGCAGAGGAGGCGCACAGUGAAGGCCAUUGAUGACAGUAGGACAGAACCAAACUGAAGGAUUUUACUUUGUUUUAAAUGUUUUUGAAUCUUUUUAACCUUGCUUCAUAUCUGAGACAGUUCACUUCUUUGAUAAGGAGUCAAAGAUGAACGGCAAAGAACACGAUAACCAGAUAAGAGUGAACUGUGACCUAGUAUUUGUGUGUUUUUUAAGUUAAUUUUGUUAUUCUUGUAAUUCUCACGGCAAAUGUCAAAAAAUUACAAUAGGAAAGGGAAAUUUUAGUGGUCAAAUUUUACAAAUAUUUAUUUUAAUAGUGAGAACUGGAUGAAAUAUUUUGGGAGAAUGUAUGGUUUUAAUUCGAAAAGUUGGUCACGCCAAUAAAAUGGAAGUAAAAAUUUAACAUUUACUGCGUAUUAACUGUUAUUGUUAUUACUGAUAAUAUUUUAGUUAGAGAUCAUUUUUUAAAUUAUAUAAUGUAUAACUUUUACUACUAAAUGUUCUUUAUUAGACUUUCUGACCAUUGCCAAAUUUAUUGACAUUUGCCAGUGAGUAUUAACAGCUUUUACAUUAUAAAUCUUUGUUAUUGCGUCUUCAGCUACUUAUCUGGGGGUUGGCAAUAUUGUCAAAAAAUGAAUAUUUUGUUUCACUUCAUUUCAGAGCUGAACUAGUUCAUUAUAAACAGUUUGCAGUGGUCCAAAGUUAUUCCUCACUUGCCUGAUGCAUUCUGACCAACCUAAUUAUUCACUGGGAUAAACAACACUUUUCAAAACUUUCAGAGACCACUGAAGUUUUGCAAUGAUGCUAAUGCUAACAACUAGCAUGCUAAAAUGCACUUCUACAGACUAUGGUCUUAUUUUGACCUCAAGAACUGCUUAUAGAAUAUGUCUGUAUUGGGUCAACACAAAUUUAGCUCAAAUAUAUGGGAAAAGGAGGUAGUUCCUUUAAUUAUGAACGGUAUACUUCAUAUUAAUGAAUAAAUAAUUAAAUAAUUAAUCAUAAUUUUUCAAUAUAUCUCCCUCCUCUACUUUACAGGCUCAAACAUUUGUUCAAACCACAAUGGGAUGUGUGUGUACUUUUUCUGUUGGGCUAAAACUAACCCCACCCCAACUCACGAAACUAAAUGCUGCCCAUUGUUUCUCUGUUGAGCAGCAGUUUGUAACUUAGAUCUAGUUAAAAUUAAGCAGCUUAAGGCUCUUUUGUCUGUGUUUAAACAAUGACAAUGGUGUAGCUAGCUGUUUGUCAAACACUGUGUUUGGCUCAUCUGGACUAUAAAACCUCUCAACUGCUGCUAGUCAGAUAUAUAUUUUUAAACUCAAAGUAUCCGCCACCUAAAGAUUGUGUUUUACGAAGUAUUUUUUUUUUAAAACAUCAUCUUUAAAUUGCAAAUAUUAAAUACUGAAGAUGCACUGUGUAGGGUCUGGAGGGUCUGCUUUUAUUAUUAUUCAUUGUCUGAAAUGUUCCACAGUAUGACAUUAAACAGCUGUACUUAACAUUCAUUUUAGAUGGUUUUAAAGCUCAAAAAUAUCUAGAAAAACAGGCAUUAUAACUGAGCAGAGUUGCCUCUCCACAGAUCUGACCUGUAUUCUGAUAAAGUUUGGUCUCCAAGGUUAAACACUGUUAAGCAUUCCAGACAAAGCAAUAAUAUCUCCACGGAGAAAAUAAUUUGAUGAACCCUCCAGCAGAGAAGUUACACAAUACACCUUUAAUGUUGAGAAAGGUACAGUACAUGACUUUGAUGAUGAUCCACAGUAUGGCAUUUAACUUCUCCAUCUCUGGAAAUAAGCAGGCAAAGUUACAAAUCAGAUGUGUGAAGAGGUGAUCCCUCUCACAGUAGAAAAGCAUGUUUUUCAGUAUAUUUCUAAAAGCAAUAAAAACUUUAAAUGAGAAACAUUGCAAGAAACAUCAGAUUAAUGACAUAUCUUAGAACAUUUGAAGUAAAGCAUUAUAACAUCUCCAUGGAGAGUAGUUUAGUCUACAGCAUAAAAGUUAUGUAAUAUACUUUUAAAAACAUUUAAAACAUGUUUUUGAUGAGGUAACCGCAUUCCAACAUGGCUCAAAGCUCACGAAUUAAUUUAGCCUAAUAUACGUUUAAUUAACAUAGUGAGGUAUUUCAUGCAAGUGUUGUUUUAACUAGUAUUAAAAAACAGGAAUUAUAACUUUUGUUAUUCAUACCACAUAAUGUAUUUGCAAAGUUACUCUCCAAUAUACACUUUCCACCCCUGUUUAGACAAGCACAUUGCACAGUGCUUUGUGGUAAAGCGUAAGAUUAAACUUGUGCCUCAAAUUUGCAAAACUCACCACAAUCUCUAAACCUAAAUUUGUAAUCUAGGCUGUUUCGUGAACACGUGCCCUCUACAACUGUUUAGUCAACUGUAAUCCUCAAUAACAUAGUAGCGGUUUACACUUGCGUUUAAGGUCUAAAGUAACAGAACAAGAUUUGGGUGCAAUGUUGACAGUUCUCUGAUAGUGAAAACCUCCAUUCAGGGACAUGCUAUAGUUUACAAUGGGCUUAGCUCCAAGUGGGACAGUGGAAAAAGGAUUAAACCAGGACAAAAAUAAAUGCUCUCUUUAAUUUGAAAUAAGUUUUAAAAUAAGGAAGCAACUCAAUAUAUUUUUUUAUGUGAUACUAUAUAAGUCCAAAAUGAAAGUAAAAAAAACCUAACCCUAUCUUAAAUAUCUUGAAAAAGUAUUGUGUUUGUGAAUGAUUUGUUUGAUAAUCAUGGUUCAUGCUGUCAUUAAAGCAAUUAAAGUAAUAAAACACAUACACACACAUACACACACCUCUAGUCACCCCCUUAAAGCAGUUUCUAACAAAUAUUUCAAACAUUAGCAGAGGUUUUGUGCAUCUGCUUAAUAGGCCACUUCUCAUAGAAAAAAAUGUAAUUUUUCUUCUUAACUUGAACACGUUGCACAUAUGUAUAUCAUUACAUUGCCCUUUCAUCCCAUUGUGGUUUUGGACUCGCCUCAGUUUAAACAGUAAGGAAGUAAUCUGUAUUUUACAAGCAACUAUCCUUUGGCUGCACCACAUUCCCGUUGACUUACCUCCUCGAAGCCUCAACUGUCCUUUCAUUUUGAGUUAUGUCUUAACCUUCCUUCUGGGUCCAAUCUUAAUUAUAAAAUGAAAUUAUUUUAUUUUGCCCCAGAACUUUGUGUGAUAUUGGCUUAAAAUAUGUAGUAGUACAAAACCACCACAUUUACUUUUGAUAAGGGCUGCGCAAUAUGAUAAACUAUUGUGAUAACUACAUUUUAACAUUUGAUUUCUACAACCAAAGUUUGGUAACUAUUGAAUUAAAUGCCACAACACAUUUAAUUCAAUAGUUACCAUUUUACCCUGUGUAAUGGGAGAAAUCUCAGUGGAAUUCUGCAAUACUUUACAAUAUAUUAUCCAGCCCUUCAAGUAAUUCUUUACUUGCCUAAACUAUUGUCUUAAUUUGACUAAUAUUUUGGUCUGUAUGGAAAAAAUGUCACCAUAUUUGUAUUAAUGGGAAAUGUUUUAUUUACCAAAAGGUUAAAGUAAUCCCCAUUUUCUGCUUGUACUGUCCAUGUUGGGACUGAGGAGUUGACGUUUUUAGAGCGAAGCUUUGAAAAUUGACCUGCAUUAUUCGUCUCUCUUUGUACUUCCUGUUUCUACUUCCUGCUUCCUGUCAUGUGAACUGUUUUUAGCUUGUGCCUUGAACAUGGAGACGCUGCACAUAUGACUUUGCACUGUGAUGUUAUAGAAAGAUUUAAAAUGUACCUAAUAUUUUAGACACUUGCCUUUUUAGGAAAGUCAAUGAAUGGUUUCCUUUUAUUGAAAUAUGAUUUGUGUGGAUUGUAAUGAUGAUUUUAAAAUUGGGAGAGCCAAAAACAGCAUUUCUUGACCUAUUGUUAUAUAUAUGUUGUGUGUUCAGAAUUCAUAAAAGUUUACCAUAGUAUUGUAACUAAACUGUAAGGUUGAGCCAGCGUAAUACUUUUGCAAAUCUCUUACUCACUGAAUCAUCUGAAAGCACAAAGAUACGUAGUUCUGACAGUUGAAAUUUGAACAAAGGAGAUGAUUUUGAAUAACUCUGACUAAAUUAAAUUAAAUUUCUUUGUUUCUAAUAAUUUCCAUCAUUUAACCUAUUUGACAAAAGUGAGCUGACGUGUUUUGUCAGUAGGUUUGGUUCACGGUCACAUUUGAAUUUGACAUUAUUUCAGCGUGAGGGCUGUUGCCUAGGAUCCACAAUACACACAUUUUUCAAUCCUGGUCACCGGUGAAUCUCCCUGUUUUCAAAUGGAGUCUGCCCAUAUCGGAAAAAAUAAAGGGAAACAUCUCCCCUGUCCCCCAGCUCCAUUUUAAUUCUUGAAUGGUGAGCUCUCAAAUGAACACAAUCUAUGUAGAAAUAAUAUUUCUAACUGCUUUCAUAUUAUUUGAUGAUCAGAUUUGAAGAACAUUUAAACAUUAACCACUGAUGCUUCUUUGUCUUUACAGCUAUGAGAAAAAAUUAAAAAUCCCUUCAAAAGCACUGCACUGCAAAACAAAUACAUCCACUUGACUUAAAAUGACUUGAAUUCAGAAUCUUCUUUUGAAUAGUUGUUUUUUGGUUUGUCAAAUAAUACUAAUACUAAAGUUAGGCACUUGAGUAUCAGUACUGAACAUUUGUUACACAUUACGGUAACAAAUCUACUGGUUGGACUUGAGUUGCACAUGUUUUUAAUUUGAUCAAGACUAGUUCAUUUAGAUCCCAUGAUACUCUUCAAUAAAUUGUUCUUAUUUUGUAUAGAAAACACCAGUGCUUUUAAGAAGACUGCUUUUAAAUAUUGUGGUAUUAAAAUCAAUAUAAAGUAUUGAGCCUCAGUAUUUCAAUGGAGUUUGAAAUAUUAGUAUUGUGGCAAUGCUAGUCUGGGUUUUGUUUUCUUUUGUUUGACAUUUUGGAUGUCAUGUUUCCAGGUAGUUUUACGAACCGUUUUCAAUAUAAUUUCCAUUAUCUACAAGUACUUACUAAAAACUGUUAAAAAAUAAAAAUAAAAAAUAUAUAUACUCAAAUUGAAAUCCGCAUUCUGGGCCUAUAUUAUGUUAUUUUCUGAGCUAUGUCAUAAUGCUGUUUGCUCAUCAAAAGCAUAUCCAGUGUGUUGUUUCAUUCACACGUUUAACGCAAAAAUCCUGCAUAUAUAGACACAUCUCUCUCAACUUAAAACUCUGUUCCACCUUGUGAUGUCAUGUGGCAAUACAGGAAGUGCUCCUCUGUGUUUUUAACCUUUAAACUGUUUUAAAAUUUCCCAUCUCUACUAAACAAAACGUAAAAGGUAGCUGUUAAAAAAACUACUGACAUAAGGUGGACUAGAGCAUUUUAGGCUGUGGAGUUGUAGACAGACUAAUAAUAAAGGAUUAGUUGAAUGUGUGAAUGUUUUUAAUGAGGAAACAGCAUUCUAACAUGGCUAAAAGCUCACUAGAGGCAAUUUUGCAUAGUAUAGGAUCUUUAAACUCUUAUAUUUUAUAUUUUUGCAGUGUGGUGUGCAGGUCUUUAACUUGAUUGUAUUGGACUUAUUUUUGAGCAUGUGUGAAGUGUUCAGACAGUGACAAUCUUGAACAUUUAACUCUUGUAUUAAAGGGACCGUGUACAGCAGUGUAUUUAUGAAAUCUGAAUGUAUUUAUGUUGACCUUUCUUAAUUGUGUAAAUAAGCCUUGAGCAGUGUGAGCCAGAAAGUUUUGAAGUGAAUGGUACUUUAAUCACUAUAAAUAAAUGCAUAUUUUAUUGUA